UGGAGAGGGAAGAGAGAUUAUUGUGAGUCAGACUCGGAGGGGGGAACCGCGAAUGGACGGGUUGUAACAGUGCGCUGGGGUUUUAGGUAUAAAGGAGAGAAUCUUUGUUCGACUUGUGCUUUUGCUUUAAUAAUCGCUCUCUCAUAUCUUCAUUCUUCCUCAAUUGCACAACCUAGUUUAUAUAAAUAAUUCUUCAUACCUCAUCCUCAAUCAUGGCUGCCUCAGUCAUCCAUGUCCUCCAAAAAAACGACUACGCCACCCACCACCUCCUCACACUCCCCUCCGAUCCCCUCCCAGACCUUGCCCCAUCAUCCCUCCGUCUGCAAUCUAAAAUACUUGGCCUAACAACCAACAACUUAACCUACGCCCGCCUGGGCCAUCUAUUGGGUUGGUGGGACAUCCACCCGCUCCCCUCCAACACCCCUGCCCCGUUUAACGACUCCAAACAAUAUGGCCGCAUAUCGGCAUGGGGCUAUGCCGAGAUCAUCGCCAGCACCGUUCCCGGAAUUCCCAUCGGAAAAUCAGUCCUCGGUUACCUCCCAAUUGGAACUCUACCUGUGGACGUCGAAGUCAAAGACGCCGGAUACAAAAACCAACUUCUAGUCCUAAAUCCACAUCGCCAGCAUCUCUGGAUAAUCUAUAACCGACUCGAACUCUGCCCGCCAAUCCCUGAAAUGGAAGCCGAGUACGGCCGUGAUUUCCUAGGGUGGGAUGCGUUGAUGUGGGGAUUGUUCGCCACAAGCUACAAUCUAUCUACUUAUGGAUUUGCCUGGGAGGAUGCGAAUCGGAUCCACCCCAGCGGGAUAGGAGACUGGAGCGCAGACGACGCGAAUCUAGAUGAUGCAACAGUCGUGUGUCUUUCCGGGAGCGGGAAAACAGCCAUGGCGUUUGCAUAUUCGCUCCGGCAGUGUCGGCCGCAGGCCCAUCAGCCCAAAUUCGUGAUUGCUGUGUGUUCAGGUGCAUCGAAGCAGAUGGCGGAAGACAGCAAGUUUUACGAUAAAGCAGUCUUGUACUCUGACGACGUCGCUACAAAGGACCUUCUUGUGAAAUCUGGAACUAGCCGAGUUAUCCUCAUCGACUUCGGCGCCCGAGCGGGCGCAACUGCCACCUGGGAGUCCACACUCUCGACACUGCCCCCCUCUAUCCCGUUCUCGAAGAUUUUCGUUGGCACAGAGGUCAAAGUGCAAAAACCAGAGGAAGCCUCAAAGCGGAUGGCCCAGCUAGGGGAACACAUCGUGGUGAAUGCCAGUUUGUUGCGCGAGAAGGGGAUUGAAAGUGGGGGGGAUGCGUACUUAGAGAAGUGGGGUAAGGAUAUUGGGGAAUUUAAGAGGAAGGGCGGGAUUUCGAGUAUGAAGUUGAACGAUGAGGUUCCGGCGAGUGUGGGAUUGGUGUAUAGGAUUUGA